AUGGUUACCUGCGUCGACGCGGAGCUCGAUCUGCGGCGACUUGCCGAUGUCCACGAGAGCGACUUCCACAUCGCCAAGGAGAAGUGCCUCCUGCCCCAAGAGGUGCAGUGGCAGUCGUGGAGGACGGUCGUCAAGGAAGUGCUGGGAACGAAGCACAUCUAUUCCUCGAUCGAUCCGCGUUUCCACUACGGAGAGCUCCGCCUCAGUCGGCUCAACAAAAUAUACUUCCUCUGGAAGACCCCGCUUCGCCGCUACAUGUCUCGCUGGACCCGGUACGGCUCCUUCUUUGGCGACAGCUUUGCCUGGCUGGCCAGCUCGACCGUCUACAUCGCCAUUGUCCUGACGGCCAUGCAAGUCGGCCUUGCGACGGAACUCCAGAACAGCGACGCCUUCCAGUCUGUCCCGUACGGCUUCACAGUCUUCUCCAUCCUGGGGCCUCUCGUCGCCGCAGGCGUCAUCUUGGUUGUAUUCUUCUCUAUGUUCGUCGAUAACUGGGUCGCUACGAGACGCUACGAGCGGAAGAGAAUGCAGAUCAUCAAGAGCCAGGGGUAGUUGAUCUGAUUAGCCUUAGCAGGCUGCGCGGCAAGCUUGUCAGAACGACGCCCA